AUCUAGCCGAUCGGCUUUAAAGCAUGUAGAGCUUAGCUCUUCAUAACGCCUGAAAUGAGUUUUAUGUACCAAAAAAAAAAAAAAUCAAGAAUUGAAUUAAGCCGAAACUUUUGAAAUUUAAAUUUUUCGAGACAAAAGCAACAACAUCAAUAACUUGCACGCAAAUAAAUAAAUAGAAACCUGAUAAAUGUCAAACCUUAAAACUCGAUCCUUCCAGUUUUGAAUCGUUACUCGUUGAGUUUAGAUCGCAAAGAUGGAAAAAUGGGAAGGCAAAAUCGCUGUUGUUACUGGUGCUUCUUCAGGUGUUGGGGCUGUUGUAGCUGAAAAAUUAGCAAGAAAUGGAAUUAACGUAAUUGGUUUGGCUAGAAGAUCGGAAGUUAUUGAAGAGAAUAUCAAAAAACUUGGCGAAUUAAGUGGAAAAAUUUAUGCGAGAAAAUGUGACCUUUCGGAUAUCCAGUCAAUCAAAGAUACUUUUAAUUGGAUUGAAAAAACUUUUGGAACUAUCAAUAUUCUCGUCAAUAAUGCAGGAAUUUCAGGACUUAAUAAUGUGUUGAAGGAAGGUGAUGAAGCUGAAAAACUGGUAAACAAAAUGAUCAGCACCAACUUCACUGGUCUCGUCCAUUGUACACGUCAAUCUAUAUCAUUGAUGAAGAAAAGUGACGAUCCUUCGAUUAUUGUGAAUAUCAAUUCCUCACUUGGUCAUCAUGUUUCAUACAUGGACUAUAGUUUAGGAAUCUAUCCAGCAACAAAGUUUGGAGUUCGAGCUUUCAGUGAAACUGCUCGACAGGAACUGAUAUAUUCUGGAAGUAUGAAAAUUCGCAUUAGUUCAAUCAGUCCAGGACUUAUCAAAACUGCAAUGACUGCUGAUGACUUCUUCAAUAAUUUUCCAAUUUUGAAGCCAGAGGAUGUUGCUGACUCACUAUUUUACAUUUUAAGCACUCCACCAAGUGUCAAUAUUCAAGAUAUUUUAAUUAAGCCUAAUGGUGCUGCGUAUUAAAUCGUGUGAAUAAUGAAUUAAAGCUCAACGGUCACAGGAUUCAAUAAACAUAUGGGCAGAUAAGACAGCAUCAUUUUCGAACAUCCCUGAUUUGCAUUCAAACCUUAUCAGUCAUAUUAUUUCCAUAUAUCUAAUCAUUUGCUCUUGAAUUGCUACAAAAAAAAAAAGUCAACGAGAAGUUCAAGGUUGCCGAGUUACUGAAAAACAAGUCAUGAGAAGCAACAAAAACAGGAACAAAUGAAUAUUUUUAAUGUUUUAUUGUAUUAUUUUAUUUUAUAUUUUUCUCAUCAUUUCUUAUCUGAAAAAACUUUUUUCAUUUUGCUUUCUUGAAAAAAGGAUAUCCUACUAUAUAGUUUUCAUUGUUUUACACCAAAUCCAUAAUGUUUUAUAAAAGUUUCAAUAAAGAAAAACACGUCAUUUGUCUAAAUAAUUUUGCUUAGCCGAAAAUAAGG